CGCGCCGUCGGGACUCCCGUAUGAAGAUGAAGAGCGUCCCGGUAAACAUGAAGUACUCCCGCGCUGGAAAAUAACGCCAACGGAAGGAAUUAACGGGCCUUUCGGGGGGAGAGAUCUGUGAAAAAGAGCUGUGAUGAGGGCAGCGGCGGCGGCUCAUGAGUGUGUGUGAGAUGGACAGGAGACACGUUCUGGCCCUCGGGCGCCGAUUACCCAGAAACCCCGGCUCAGUGGGCGGAGUCUGCAUGGACCCCAGAGACUCCUCCCCCUGCAGCAGUCAAGGGGAGGGGUCUGAGGACCAGCGUCUGGAGGAUGUGCUGUGCGAGCUGGGGGAGGGGGCGGAGCUUAACCUGGAGUCUGAGGGGGGCGAGGCUCUGCAGGGGGAGGAGCUUAGCUGGGAGACGAGCCGGCAAGAGGAGCAGAGCAACACUAGUUCAGCCAGUCCUGAGCGCAGCAGCGCCUCCACAGAUCUCUCCACAGCUCUCUCCGAGCAGCUCCUGCGGGGUCGUGAGGAGGUCUCGGGGAUCAACAUGGAGUGUCGGAUCUGUGGAGAUCGAGCCUCUGGCUUUCACUACGGCGUCCACGCCUGCGAGGGCUGCAAGGGAUUUUUCCGCAGGACCAUUCGUAUGAAGCUGGAGUACGAGAGAUGCGAGCGCAGCUGUAAGAUCCAGAAGAAGAGUCGCAAUAAAUGCCAGUUCUGCCGCUUUCAGAAGUGCCUGAUGCUCGGGAUGUCUCAUGACGCAAUCCGCUACGGCCGGAUGCCAGAGGCGGAGAAGCGUAAGCUUGUCGCGGGUCUGCUAGCUGGAGAAAAGGGCUCUCAGAGCUCCAGCGAGUCAGAUCUGAAGACUAUGGCCAAACGGGUCAACAACGCCUACCUGAAGAACCUGAACAUGACCAAGAAGAAGGCCAGAAACAUCCUGACUGGCAAGACCAGCGCCAGCGCGCCGUUUGUGAUCCACGACAUGGACUCUCUGGUGCAGGCGGAAAACGGGCUGGUCUGGAAUCAGGUGAUCCAUGGAGCUCCGCCCAAUAAGGAGAUCGGAGUUCACGUGUUUUACCGCUGUCAGUGCACGACCGUGGAGACCGUACGAGAGCUGACCGAGUUCUCCAAGAGCAUCCCGGGCUUCAUCGACCUCUUCCUCAACGACCAGGUGACGCUGCUGAAAUACGGCGUCCACGAGGCCAUCUUCGCUAUGCUGCCGUCACUCAUGAAUAAAGACGGGCUGCUGGUUGCGAACGGACGGGGAUUCGUGACGAGAGAGUUCCUCCGCAGUCUGCGCAAACCCUUCAGCGAGAUCAUGGAGCCCAAGUUUGAGUUCGCGGUCAAGUUUAACGCACUGGAGCUGGACGACAGUGACCUCGCUCUGUUCGUCGCGGCAAUCAUCCUGUGUGGAGAUCGUCCAGGCCUUAUGAAUGUCCAUCAGGUGGAGAAGAUCCAGGACGGCAUCCUCCAGUCCCUGAAUCAGCACCUGCAGCUCAAUCAUCCCGACGGACGCUUCAUCUUCCCCAGACUGCUGCAGAAGCUGGCGGACCUGCGGCAGCUAGUGACGGAGAACGCUCAGCUGGUGCAGAAGAUAAAGAAGACGGAGUCCGAGACCUCGCUGCAUCCGCUACUGCAGGAGAUCUACAGGGACAUGUACUGACUGCCUGUCCAAUCAACCGUGGAUAUACCAUCCAGAGAAACGAUUAUUUCUACGCAAAAUGAGGAUUUCGAACUGAACUCUUAAAAAGAGACCGAGUAUUCUGCAGUGGAGUGGUGAGUUUGUGCAGGUCAUCAGUGAAACUGGUUCACACCAAACGCAAAGUUAAAAUCGCGCGAUUGAUAUAGAUUUCUCGCGGGAUUUUUUUCAACUCUUUCGCGUUGAAUUUUUGUUAUUGCGGUUGAGGCGAAUAACAGAUGCAUUGCACAUUUUGUAUGAUUUGCGCUGUGAUGCAAAUUCGCUUCUAUAUAAUUAUAGUACUUAAAUUUACGUUUGGUGUAAAGUCAGUGUCCGAACUACACGCAACGCUGCGACACACGAUUAAAAACGAUCUUUUCCAUGUUGAAAGGAGUCUAUGUUAGAAGGAAUCUACUAAAAUGUUCUAAACAUUCGAUGUGCGAAAUUUUUAUUUUAGAAAUAUUUUCUAUUUUUGAGGUGUCGUGGCCAAACAACAACAUGAACUACAGUGACUAUGAUCACCUCAGGUGCUGAUUAUGUGCUUUAUUCAGUGUUAAAUGCUACUAAUGCAGUUUUGAAUAGCAUUUUAGGUGACAUUUAUGGUUAUACUGAAAGCGGAAGCAGAUAGUUCACCUCAGAUUUAGAAAAUAAAAUAUUUAGCAAACAUAGUUUGAAAACGUUAGAACGUUUUCUACGCAAACCAAGGAUUUCGAACUGAACUCUAAAAAGAGAGCCAGUUUUCUGCAAUAGAGAGAGUUUGUGCAGGUCAAAGAGACGUCAGUGAAAUUUUGUUUUAACCACUGCAUUCCUUUGACCAAUUCGUAAUGGGGACGAAAAUGCCAUCAGCAAGUAUUAAAAAAAAAAAUUGCAAAUCCUGUGACAAAAUUAUAAUUAUCAAUAAGAAACAGCGCCUGCACAUGAUAACGUGACAUGCUAUCUCGCCAAUUGAAGUACCAAAGGUUGCUGCUAGUAGUGAAAUCAUUAUUAUUUUCUCUCUUUGUUUUGAGUCGGUUCACAAGCUAGUCGUUGAGCUUUACUAGCGCGUCUUUUUGUUGUGCUGCCAAAAACACUACACAACUACGUUUCAUGGGAACAAACAUUGUCGUAGCUUAUUUUAAAAUAACUAUUAUUAAGCAAGAUGUGUUUUCCAAAGAACUAGUAUCUACAUGUCGACAGUUUAAACUAACUUUAACUAACCUUCUUCAAACUGUUUUCGUUUUGUUAAAUUGCGCGAAUGUCUGCUAGCACCCCUUGUGGUGACUCUGAGAAUGCAGCGUUAUAUUUAGAUGCGUUUUAUUGCAAAAUUACACUUGAAACUGAGAAGUUUCACCAAAAAUAUCUGUUGACGUUUUUUUUAUAAAUCGAAAAACAAUCAGUUGCGCUUUUAACAUAUAAACAUUUAAAUUCUGAUUAAAAAACUAUCCGUAAAGCAAAUGUUAUGCUAGUCGUAACUGUUUUAAGCUUGUUUUUCACACCUGAACAACAUUAUUACAACUCGCGAACCUCAAACUUUUCAUAUUAUAAUUAUUUUUAUUUCUGUGAAAUGAUACUGUGAUCGCAUUUAUAUCCGAGUUCAGAUCGCUGAUUGAAUAUCUGACUCCAGAGUUUAUAUGAAUAUUAUUUAAUAACAGUUUUAUUAGUUAGUUUUCUGAAUCAGAGGCUGCGGUCGUGCAUAUCAUUAUGUAAAGCCAUGUUCACGUAUGUCACCUUUGACCUUUCCACGUUAGGCCUCGGUGUGAGGUCAUUUCCUGUGAGUGCUGCUAACUGCUUCCUGUCUACAUGACAUACCGAAUCUGUGUGUUGUGUCCAUGUCUUCCUGUUUCCUGGAAAUGUGAAUGAUUCUUCCAUCUGAACGACCGAACGCUUUUGUAAAACAUCAGAAGAGCAGCUAAAUAAAACUACAGGGUCAAACUUCA